CCGUGGAGGCCUUGGCCGCGGCGCAGGCCCACGCCCGCCGCCCCAGCCGGGGACGCGCGUCCAGCUGCCGGCGGCCAGCGGGUGCCCCGAGGGGCGUGUGGCGGGCCCCCAGGUGCGCACGCCUCCGCGUAGGCGCCACCAUUUUGUGUGAGGGAAUGCCUUCUCCUUCCUCUGCUCGUCUCAGUUGCGUUCCUUUCCCCGGCUGGGCUUGCUGACUCUUCUCGCCUCCACCGCUCCCCACCUGGAGCCUUUCCGCCGGCGGCGAUUCCUUGGCUUGAGGAUGGCAUUCCCUGUGGAUAUGCUGGAUAAUUGCACUCAUGAGGAAUUGGAAAAUUCUGCUGAAGAUUAUAUGUCUGAUCUAAGGUGUGGGGACCCUGAAAAUCCUGAGCGUUUUUCUCUUCUCAAUAUUACGAUUCCUAUUAGCCUGUCAAAUGUAGGCUUUGUACCUCUUUAUGGUGGAGAUCAGACGCAGAAAAUUCUUGCUCUUUUUUCACCUGAGGACUCACUCACAGCUGUGGCAUUUUACCUUGCUGAUCAGUGGUGGGCUAUUGAUGAUAUUGUGAAAACAUCUGUCCCUUCUAGAGAGGGGCUUAAGCAGGUGAGAACUCUUGGGGAGAGAGUGGUUCUGUAUGUUCUGAAUCGAAUUAUUUAUAGAAAACAGGAAAUGGAGAGAAAUGAGAUCCCAUUCCUGUGUCAUAGCAGUACUGAUUAUGCUAAGAUUCUGUGGAAGAAAGGAGAGGCCAUUGGGUUUUAUUCAGUUAAGCCUACAGGGAGUGUGUGUACCUCAUUUCUUACCCAAAACUACCAACUACCAGUUCUUGAUACAAUGUUUAUAAGAAAGAAAUACCGAAGCAAAGAUUUUGGGCUUCAUAUGCUGGAGGACUUUGUUGAUUCCUUUACAGAAGAUGCACUUGGUUUGCGGUAUCCACUAUCUUCUCUAAUGUACACAGCUUGCAAGCAAUACUUUGAAAAGUAUCCAGGAGACCAUGAACUCCUGUGGGAAGUUGAGGGUGUUGGACACUGGUGCCAGCGAAUACCCAUCACCAGAGCAUUACAGAGAGAGACACUUAAAAUUACAGCACUUUCUCCAAGUGAAGCCAAAAGACCUAUGUCUGGAGAAUAUGGUCUUGCAUCUGUUCCAGAAUAUGAAGCAAGAACUGAAGACAGUCAGUCUAGUGAGAUGCAGCUAACUAUUGAUUCUCUAAAAGAUGCCUUUGCAAGUACUUCUGAAGGUCACGAUAAGACACCGGUUUCUACUCGUACUCGAAGUAGUCAUCUGAAGCGGCCAAAGAUUGGAAAGCGGUUUCAGGAUUCUGAAUUUAGUAGCUCUCAAGGCGAAGAUGAAAGGACACCUCAGACUUCACCUACGUCUUCAGUAAACAAAUUGGAGUCAACUGCACACACAUCAGAGAGCUCAGAAGAAUUCCUAGAGGAAGAACACGAACAGAGUGUGAUUGAAUUUGAGGAUGGAAGUGGUGAUAAAGAUGCUCAUUCAGCACCUGAAAUCCAGCCACACUUGGAGAAGCAAGAUGGUGAAAAGGAAUCUGAGUUAGAGCCUAUGAAUGGUGAGAUAAUGGAUGAUAGUCUUAAGACCUCUCUUAUAACUGAAGAGGAAGACUCCACUAGUGAAGUUUUAGAUGAAGAAUUAAAAUUGCAGUCUUUCAAUUCCAGUGAAGACUCUACAAAUCUUGUUCCACUGAUGGUAGAAUCUUCAAAACCCUCUGAGGCUAUUGCACAGGAAAAGACCUCGCAUGUAACUGACUCAGAAAUGUUGCUAGAGGAAGGUCCAUCUGAUGAAAAGGGGCACACAGAAGAGAAACCGCCACUAGUUUCAAGAAAGAAGGCACAUUUUGGAAGUUUAGACAAUGUUGCUACUAUCCCAAAUGAAGAACGGUCUGACAGUGGUUUUCCAAACUCUGUAAUAGCUGAAUUGUCUGAAGAAUCAAUCUCUGAAAAUUUAUCACCCAACACUACUUCCUCAUUGGAAGACCAGGGUGAAGAGGGGGUACCCGAACCCCAGGAAACAUCUACAGCUCUUCCUCAGAGUUCUUUAAUAGAGGUUGAACUUGAAGAUGUGCCAUUUUCACAGAAUGCAGGACAGAAGAACCAGUCAGAGGAGCAGUCUGAAGCAUCUUCUGAGCAACUGGAUCAGUUUACACAAUCAGCAGAAAAAACUGUGGAUAGCAGCUCAGAGGAAAUAGAAGUGGAAGUACCUGUUGUAGACAGGCGGAAUUUAAGAAGAAAGGCCAAAGGGCAUAAAGGACCUGGUAAGAAGAAAGCCAAGCUCGCCUGAAUGAAGAAAUGCAGAUGAUAAAUCCUCUUCUUUGUAACGUAAUUGUUUUUAAAAUAUGGUAAUAAAUAGCACGGGGCACGAGACAAAAAUUCCAAAAUCUCAAUUUGAGCUUAUUUAUGAUGCAGUUUUUCUCUCCCCCUUAGGACCUAGGAUUCACCAUUGUUUUUAAUUUUUCAGGCUGUUUUGUGUAAAUACAGUUUUUUAUUUUUAUUAGUCAUGUUUCAAUUUUGGGAAACCAGAUCAUACUAUAUUUUCUUUAGUAGUUGGGGACAUCUGAUCAUUAAUAUUUCAGGAAAUAUAAAUUAGAAAACUAAAAGUAGUGGACUUUACAUUACUUUGGAGGAUUGUAGAAAUCUUUUACACUAAGGGUUUUAAAUAGUAAACUUGGUGAGGGUUCUAGAAGUUUUAGCUUAAAUAACUAAUCAGCAUUUUUUUACAAUGUAGGCAUACCUAAACAACAAUGUCAGUAAGUUAGAAUAAAUAUAAUUUCAGCUAAAUGAGAGCACAAAUUACAGAAAUUUAUGGUCAAGGGUUUAUGAGGGUGGUAUUUUGGCUUCUCAGUUCAUUAUUGUACGGAUAGAGUUUCUUCCUUUGACUUCAGUGUCUGAAUAGCUACAGACUUUCCAACUCAUUCUUUACAACAUCUAAUAUUAACAGUAUUGCUAGGGAUUUAACUCUGGCAUGUAGGUACUAAUGUAAUUACUUAAAUUUUUUGUUCAAAGUUGCAGACUAUACUUUGGUCCUCACCUAGUGAACUUGGAUACUUCAGAAAUAUGAGAACCCUUCCUAAGACUUCUCUUUAAUCCUGCCACUGCCUUUAUUCUAGAAUCUUAUUUAUAUUCCCCUCAGCUUUCAUCCACUUCCCUAACACAUGGAGUGAUUCCUGUCAAAAGAUCUUCCUGCCUGCCUGCCAACUCAUGCCCUUGGCAUCCAUUUCUGGGUAGGUACGAAACUGUGCCCCACGAUCUUAGAGCUAGAUGGCAGGAGUACAGCUGCCCUAAAGACCUGUAGUUACCAGAGCUUAAAUCAUGUUGGAGGCUGUGGUUGUCCCUUUGGUCUUGUUUACUCUUAAUUUGUUCUCCCUUUGGUCUUGUUUACUCUUAAUUUGUUCUGAGGACAGGUUACAAGCCAGCCUGUUAAUCAUGUUCCCAUAGCAAAGGCCUUUGCCUAGGAAAAGGUUAAAAAAAAUCCCUCAAUUGUUAAUUUUUGUAAUUUAUUUAGAAAUGAACAAAAUGAUUGUUCUUAGAAUCCAGAGACAUGGACAACAGUGUGGUAAUUGCUGGGGGCAGGGGGGUGGGUGGAGGCGGGAGCAGGUAUAAGGAGGAUAAAUAGCAAUGGAAAAAAGUAGAGUAAAAAAAUGGCCUUAAACUAAACUAAACUAGAAAUCAAUUAAAAAAAAAAAGAAUCCAAAGAGAAUCUCAAAACAAUAUUAUUCUUUGAAGUAUUAUGUAUACUCAGAUGUGUAAUUAAGGUGAAGAAUGCUUUGAGAGUAUUUAGAUUGUUUGUAAAACAACCUUGGUCCUUAAUGAAAAAAAUGUAUCAGGAUUGAUGUUGAGGUUUUUAGUCCACAGUCAGGUAAUGUCAUUAAAUUUUAUUUUGGGAUGAUGGUAUUUUAGGAAUUUCUACAUUAAAAUCUUUUAAGCAGGCAAAAUAGCAAACACCCCUAUUCAUUGUAAAAUUUUGAGUACUUGUAUCCCCAAGUUUUCUUUAAUUAUUGCUUGAGGUAAGUCAAAUUUCAUGCUAAAUGAAAAUUAUAGCACUUUGGCUGUUUGUUUUCUCAAAAAAAAAAAAAGGGUACAUAAGUGAGAAAGUAUGAGUAAUACUAGUUAUCACAUGUUUAUGCUAUCUUAUACAUUUUAUUAAAAAUUUGUUAAAAUCACAAAUAGGAAAAUGAAGAUUGAGUAGGUUCUUGUUCUUAAACUUUUCUUUUUUAUUAUAACAGAUAAAAAUCGAACAUUUUACUUCCUUAUUUGGAUUAUUCAUUUUCUUUAAAAAGGUAUAAUUUAGGAAGAUUGAGCUCACUGACAAUGCUUGAUGUGUGAAUAUAGUUGCUGAGUUUACAAAAAAAUGUUUAGUAAUUCUUAUUUGAUUGCUAAGGACUAACAGUAUAAACUUGUUAAACAUGUUUGGUUUAUUCUUGAAAGUGCAUUUUAAGCAAUUUCAAAGCUUUUUUUCAGCACUCAAGAAAACUUGUUACAUAUUAUCUCUAACAGAAUGUCAUUUUGGCAUUUAUAGAGAGAUGGUAAAGGAAAAUUGGGUCAUAUGGAAAAACCUGACUUUCACAUUCAGCAAUGUGUUCAUUUUUCAGUAAAUGAAUUCUAUAGUCAGUGAGUAUAGAAUUUAUACCAGAAUAUAUCCUCAACAAUGAAACUAAAUUUCAUCAGAAUACUUAGUUUUUGCAAGGCAUUAGGAAAACUUUCAGAAUUAGAGGACAGAAAUCUGGUUUCAGCCAGCUCGUCUAGUCCCUAAGUGUUCAGUCACAUCCUGUAGUCCUUUGUGAGCUGUUUUCUGUUUAGAAGUCUUAUUCGUGGAGAAAGGAGGUCACUUCAGUUUGUGUAAAUACAUAUAUAUUUCCUUGUGUAAUAUAAAGCAGACAGUUAUCAAAAUUUUAGUUGUACUUUUGUUUAUUAAAGUGCUAGACAUCACAGAAAUAAGUAUAUUUAAGAAUUUAUUAUAAAGCUCCUCUACAAUUUUAAAGGUGAAGGGUCUGUUGUGAUUUUAUAUAAAAUCAAAUAGCAUGAGAGAGUUAUCAGUCAUCUGCUUAAAUUGUGUCUGUAUUCAUGGUGUUUCCAUUAAGCACAGAAUUUCACAGGAAGAAUAGCAACUACUAGUGAUUAAUGGUUCGCUUUUUGAUGACCACCAGAACACUACACUACCUAAAAUGGUUUCAGUGACUUCAGAAACAUAUAUUGGAAGUUUAUGAUUGCAGUAAAUUGAGCAGUUACCAACUGUCUCAUAAUUGCUCUUAUGUUCUGCUUCACCCUUAGGGAUUACCUUCUAAAAUUUGGUCACACCAGCAAACUGAAACAGAUUCUUAAUGUGUAAAUAAAGAAUUUAUACUAACAUUA